UUCGAGCCUCUACAACGCCUGCGAUUUUCUGAAAAGUGCAAAUAGGAAGUACAUCUCUAGAUAACAAUUCGCUUGUCCUUAUUCGGCGAAGACGAAUUUCAGUACAGUGAUGGCAGACGCUGGAGAUCUUUUCCUAUUGAGCUUAAAGACUUACUUUUUUCAUGGCACAAAGUUAAUGCGAUGGAAUGGAAGAAGUAAUGUCGAGGGAACUUUAUCAUUACGUAGGGACGUCCUAGUUGAUGGAAGCGCAAGAAAACCAUAUUUCGCCACAAACGUUUAAGUCGCCAAUAAAAAAUUGCAAUCCUUUUCGGCGAAACAAGUGCCAAUGCGGUUAACUAGUAAUGGAAACAUUGAUGAUCUCCCGGAAUAACGGGUGAUUUCUCAAUAUUGGAGUUCCGUAAUCAGCUCUACUAUGUUGUGGUUCAAACCUAGACAUGGUGUUUAGGUGUUUUGUCCUGACGACUAUUUGUUAAUUUAAUAAAAUUUUAAAAGAUCCAUUGUUACGUUCCUAGUAAUUUUCAAAAUUCCCAAAGAUCGAUAUCCAUAAACUCCCACAACCCUCUGGCAACACUAUUGCCAUUGAAAGACCGUCAAUUGGGGGGUGAACGUUAAAAAACUAGUAAGUUGAUCGUGUAUCGUGUGUAAAGUCGAGCAAUUCGUCUUCUUACUAUUGUGCGCUAGAGUCCGGGAUCUUUCCAUCGGAAAAAACAAACAUUGCCGCGUUGAAACUCACCAAAAGGACAAUACGUCGUGAAAGAGUGCCGAACGAAUGGAAAACAAAAUACUUUAAAACAAUCGAAAGAAAUGUAUAACAAAAGAAAAGAAAAAUAAAUACACUUGUCCCCCGCGCACUCCAUGAAAAUAAUUGUUCAAAAGCUUUGAUGUGUUUGCUCGCUCGCUCGUAAACUUACAUAACCCAAACAUAGCACGCGUUGCCACCUUACACCUGUGCUACCUAGCUAUCUGGCUGGCCAGUUGGGCUGGUUGACAAGUGACAGUAGCCAGAAAGAGAGAAUCGAGAAUCCAUUCAUUCAUUUGUUCACGGCUCGAUAAUUUUUUUAGUGAUAUGGUAAUGCUCAAAUGCCCAUGGCAGUUCAAAUUGACUAUCGUCGUUUAAUGUUCGUCCCGUACGUUCGUUCAUUCUCCUCUUGAAGGGGAAUGUCAAAGUUAUUUACUUCUGAUCGUGCCGUGUUGUUCAUCAAAUCGUCAUCUUUUAAUUUUACGUUUUAUUUUCUCUGUUCGAAUGGGAUUUUUUCAACACUUGCUUGCUGGUAUUUUUGGCUGUUUUUAUUCUUCUUGGAAACUCAAGUUGUUGGUGGUGUGUGGAAUAAAUAUAAAGUAAAGGAAUUUUACUGCCGUCACAAUAAGAAUUAUAACAACAACAAAAGGCGUAAAUUACAUACAGCACAUAACCACCAGAGAGUGGAAAGUGAGAGAAACAGAGGCGAGAGAUAAUAUGGUGCAAUAAAUGUUUUCUUUUUAACAAGCAAAAGUGAGCAAAUAAAACUUACGCCGAAAUCAAAGUCAGUGAAAUUUUGUGAUAAUCUAUCAGAUAUUUUUUUUGUUUCUUUUGCCAUUAUAAAAAGAUAUAAGAAUCACCAACUUAGCCUGUCUGGUCGUCCGUCGUCGUCGCCGACAUGGUUUUAGUGAUCGUUGCCGCCACCAUUGUCGUCUCCUGUUCGUCGUAUACACAAAAUAAAUAAAAGAAAAAUAAUAUGUUUGCGUCGAAGGUAGUGGUGGUCGUCGACGUAUAGUUAAAAGAAUUUUAUAUAUAAUCAACAAAAAAGGAAUAUCUUUAAACAAAACAAAAAGAAAACUAACUAAAAGUAUUAAAAGUUCCUCUGGCAAAAUACAGAGAGAGAGAGAGAGAGCGCAGCAAAGUGAGUGUGAGUGCAAGAUAGCGAUUGCGAGUACGAGUCAACCAACCCACCACCCCCACCAACUUCAAUUGUUAUAAAGCCCUUUUUAAAUAACAGCAAACACACGUACACUCACUCAUACAAACUAGUUCGAACGCACGCACACUCAUCAUUGCCAAAAAGCAACAACUGGAAACAUGGCUGAAUCAGGGAUCGAUUUGGAUUUCGACUUCGAAAUCGACUAUCAAUGUCUAAUGGAUGAAGACAAGCUGGAAGAUGUAUUGCCAGCGGUCAAGGUUUCCGGACCUCAUUCUGAUGAGGUGGAAUUCUAUGAAUUGAAAUCCGCAACGCAAUCCAUUCGACCCGAUAGUAUUCCGACCUUUAAAACUGUCAAUCCCACCUCAAGGACACAGCUAAAAUUGCAAUUGCAACGUGAGCAGCAACAGGAAAUGGAACGCUUGGAAGCCGAAAAACGGGAAGCUGAGGCUUUAGAAAUGCAGCGACAACAAAUGCAACAACAACGUCAGCAGCAGCAACAACAACAGCAGCAAAUAUACAAUAUACAACAAAGUAGUUCCCCACAAAUUGUGGCUAACAGCAAUGGCAGCAACGGCAAUCGCAACCGCUUCGACAGUCACAAUUCUAACAAUAGUUUUAAUACCACACCACAAUCCUCCAGUCCAAUGACAUUAAAGGUACCUCUACAAAAUAUCGAGGUGGAUGUUCCUCAACAGGUGCUGCAGGUGCGCACAGUUCUUGAGAAUCCCACGCGUUACCAUGUGAUACAAAAACAAAAGAAUCAGGUCCGUCAGUAUUUAAGUGAAUCCUUUAAACAGUCCGAAUGGAGUGGUCAACUGUUUCAGAACAAACACACGGGUGCCUCAGCUUCGGCGGGAAAUCUUAAACUAAUUGGUGGCAAUAACAAUCAACAGGAUCGUUCUAGCAGCUAUACCGGUGGCGGAGGUAUGGUCAACAACAGCAACAAUGAAAACAAUGCCUCACCUCGGCAUGUGCGCAUAACACCAGCUGGAUCUAACACUCCCAACAGCUCAUCCAUGAUGGAUGAUGCCAUUACCCUGUCACCCUUUAGUGUCGGUAGCAAUGGCAACAAUUACUACAAUAACAGCAACAACAAUAAUAACCUCAAUUCAGUUACUGAAUUACAAAACUCCAAAGUAAAUGGUAAAAAAUCCAACUCCCUACAAAGCCGCUCAAAUCCAAACAACUUGGUAACCCUUAUGCGUAAUACAAAUCUCUUAGCCACCACCAAUGGUUCGGGUCCGGGCAGUAUUACCAGUCCCCUACACUCAACACCCAUGUCACCUGGGCUUAGCUCAGUGGCCACAAGCAACUCGGAAAUACCAUCGUUUGAAAGUGAUGCAGACUUGGAUUUCGAUGAGAUUCUGCAUGGUUGUGAUUCGCGCAAUCUCAACGACACCAUGAAAAUGGAUGAGGGUAAUAACAGUGCGGCCACAACGCCCAGUGGCAGCUACCCAACCGAGAUUCAAGUCAAACAAGAACCCAAUUCAUUUAAUGAAGUCGAGGCCAGUGCCUUGGCCAAGGAUCGCCAAAAGAAAGACAAUCACAAUAUGAUCGAACGACGUCGUCGUUUUAACAUAAAUGAUCGGAUCAAGGAGCUGGGCACGUUGCUACCGAAAACCAAUGACCCCUACUAUGAGGUUGUCAGAGAUAUACGGCCUAACAAAGGUACCAUAUUGAAAAGUUCUGUAGACUAUAUUAAAUGUCUGAAACAUGAAGUGGCCCGUUUGAAGCAGAAUGAGUAUCGUUUUCGUCAAACCGAAGCGCAGAAUCGUCGAUUGCUCAACCGCAUUAAGGAAUUGGAAAUGCAGGCCAAAUCACACGGCUUGCCUUUGAGUGAUUUCAAUGUGACCUCAGUAUCAGCUCCCACCAAUAGUGCCUCAUAUUUAAAGUGUCCUAGUCCCACGUCGGCGACAGCCACAGCGAUAGCAGCCUCUUCAUUGAAUCAUCAUUCGACACCGUUGAUAAAUGAAGCCACAGCCCCAACAACAAAUGCGGAUACAAAACCACCACCGAACCUACUAAAUGGUGGCAACAGCAACAACACUAAAAACAGUCUCAGUAUUAAUACCACCAACGAUGAUAUGAUGGAGGAUAGUAAACCUGUGAUAAUGCAAGGUGAUGAUCCGAUGUUUUCGGCGCAAAAUGGUGUGCAGUUAAUGUCCUCAGCUCCUCAUUCCCCCAACACCAACUGCAACAACAACAAUAACAGUUUGGCGAGUAGUCUACAUGGCUUUGGCUCAUCGAAUGGUAAUGAUUGCGGUCACCACAAUUUGUCCAUUGAUGAUUUAUAUGUUUGUGGUGGCGGUGGUGUUGGUUCCUCAAUGCCCUCGCCCUCUGGUGGUGUUCACAAUAACAACGGCUCAUGUGGCUAUACAAACUCUCCAAGCUGUUGCGGGACCAAUGAAAAUGGCAGCUCUCUUAUGUUAAAUAACAGUUGCUGUAAUUUAAUUGGCAGUUGUAACUGUUCCCAUAAUCAUUUGCAUCUUGGGCAACAUCACCAGCACAACCAACACAAUCAUCAUCAGAAUAGUUCCAGUCUUUUACAAUGUCCUCCAAGUCCCAGCAAUGGCAGUACGGGCAGCAGUCCAAAUUUCGGUUUAUUAUCGGUGGGUGAAGGUGGCCAUUUGCAUUAUCACCACCACCAUCAUCAUAGCGACAGUUAUCCAACAUCGCCUUCCUCCCUACAACAUGGUCGUGAUCCCUUACUAUCGUCAUCACAUCAACACACCCUGGACGGACAAAGUCAUUUAGAUACUUUGGAGCCAACGCAACAUCAUCAUCACAACGAUUUGCAUCAUAUGCGUGAUGACAACGAUGAUCCUACGCAUCCUCAUCAUCAUUCUGUAGAUCUCUCACAUGCCAUUAUGGGCGAUCAAUUGGGCAUGGUUACAUCGGGUCCCAAUGAAUCGUUAUUGUUAUCACCGGAUACGUUGGAUAUUGAUAUGCCUUGACGGUAACAGGUAGCUAGCUGCUGUAAUGUCACAAAAAGUUCCAACUAUAUUAACAAAAAAACGA